AUGUCGUGCCAGAAUUGUUACCGCGGCUCCGUGCACGAAGGCGAGCCACGGGGCACCGUCACUCGCGCCUACGGUCUCGACACGUACGUCGUUGAACCCGCUGAUGGGGCGCCCCCCAAAGGCAUUGUCGUCGUAAUUCCAGAUGCGUUCGGAUGGGCCUUUGUCAAUAUAAGGCUUGCCGCGGAUAAGUAUGCCGACCUGGGCGGGUUCAAGGUGUAUGCUCCUGAUUUCAUGAACGGACGACCUGCACCUCUGUACACGAUUGAUGACUUUAAAACCAUAUCAUCCCCGUCAGCUGGAAUCUUCACCAAAAUGCAACUCGGACGAACUUGUAGCUAUCACUUCUUCCACGCUCUUCGCGGCAUGGUGCCCUUUCUUAUGACCAAUUGGCCUACGAGGGCAUGGCCAAGAGUCAAGGGCUUCUUCGAGCAGCUCCGCAAAGAAGAAGGCGCUUCACUGCCAGUUGGCGCUGCGGGCUUUUGCUGGGGCGGCAAGCAAGUCAUAUUCCUGGGUCGCGGAGACACAAUCGACGGACGACCGCUGAUGGACGCCGGAUUCACCGGACACCCAAGCUUCCUAAGUCUCAACAGCGACAUUGAAAACCUGAAGUUGCCGGUGUCGUUUGCCUUGGGCGAGCACGAUGACUACCUCCCGGCGGAAAAGGCCGAUGGGAUCAGGGCCAUUCUUGAGGCGAAGCCCGAAGCAGCUCGCGGCGAACUCACCGUCUAUCCUGAGGCUGGGCAUGGAUUCUGUGUUCGAGCGGACCACAAGCAUCCUGACUCUUUGCAGCAGGCAGACGACGCGGCUGAGCAGUGCGUCAAGUGGUUUACCGCCCAUUUUAGCAAAUUUUCACCGGCUUCCUGA